CGCCCUCCGCUUUCGGGGCCUCGACGGGAAGGGCGGCGGGCGCGCGCAUGGCGGGGGCGCGCGGUAACAUCCCUAGCCGCCCUCGAGGGCCAGGCCCGGAUCCAGGCCCCGCCUCCUCGCGGUCCAUCGUCUUCUCCCCUCCGUCGGCCGAAGCCCAAACCAUUAUCCCGUCGUCUUUCCUGAACGCCAUCGCGGCCAUCCAGGCGCAGGCGCAGGCCUACCUCAAUUCCGCCAUCGCCAGCGAGCGGGCCCGGCGCUGGUUCCAGGCGAUCGAGUAUUACAGAAAGCUACUGAGUUCUUUGAACAAAAAGAGGUUUCCUCCUGAAUACAUGCCUGGAUCUGGAUACAUUCAGCUGGUGUUUGAAUCCUAUUAUCAUAUAGGAGUAGCUUUCCAAAAAGCAAAUUACCAUCGUGAGGCUGCAGAAGAGUUUACAUAUGCCAUAGAAGCAAUGAACAUCCCCAAAACAUCUUGUAAAGUUGGAUGUGUUACGAGCGCUUUCUAUCAGACACCUGUGUAUGCAAGGAGAGCUUACGCGUAUGUGAAAUGUGGCAAGAUUAAAGAAGCAAUUAAUGAUGCUACAAGAGCUGUGUUUUCUGACCCUUCAAAUUCUGAUGUGUACUGUAUCAGAGCUCUUGUGUGGAGUUCAGCAAAUGAAAAAAGCAGAGCCCUUCAUGAUUUGAACUGUAGUUUCAGGUUAAAUCCAUCUCAUGUUUGCACUUUAAUCCUAAGGGGAGCUAUUUUGAAAUCCAUUGGGGGAGUGUCUUCUUCAGAGCACAAUAAAGAUCAAGAAAAGGCCUUUACACUCUGCCCAGAUAGUCCAAAUUUCUUUGAUGUGCAGGAUUUUGCUAGUCCUAAAAUGCCUUUGUUCUAUGACAAAUUCCUGUGGUCUCUGAAUGCUUUUCACACCAUAACAGAAAUCAACCUCUUUGCUGGAGCUGCAUUUGUGCCCAAUUUGGGACCAAAAGAACAAGGCCCAGUGAAAUCAUUUAAGCAUGGCUAUUCAGAAUAUUCUGACAACACUACGUUAUUGAGGAGGCAAGCAUACACAAGGGCAUGCAUGGAGGCAGGCACAAUUAUUAAUGUGAAGAGAGACUCAUCUUUCUCGGCAGGAUCCGUCAUAGGGAAGAAAAGCUCAGUUUCACCAGCUACUCAGGAUUCAGGGAAGAAAAAUUCAAGUUCAUCAGUAGUGAAGGAAUCUGCAAAGAGAGAUUCAAGUUCAUCAGUAGUCCAGGAAUCUGGUAAUUAAGGUUUUAAUUUGCUGCUAACUAUU